AUGCCACUCAUCAUUAUCACAGGCCUUCCGUGCUCGGGCAAAACGUACCGCGCCCAGCAAAUCGCUGCGUCGCUGGCGGCCUUCGUCACCCCUCCUGCCAACGAACCAUCAAUAUCAAAAAGGACCGUCCAGAUUGUCCCUUCAUACCACGCAUCGUCGGACGACGACCGUGACGGUACGGAGUCUAUAGAACAGACGACACUCCUUCGAGAUCAGAUCUACAACAACGCCUCCCACGAAAAGACCGCGAGGGCGGAAGAGUUCUCCGCGAUCAAGCGAGCGCUUUCAAAGGACAAUGUCGUGAUCGCCGACGGGUUGAACUACAUCAAGGGCUAUAGAUACCAGUUGUGGUGCGAGGCCAAGGCCGUGGGCACGAGAUGUUGCGUUGUCCAUGUGGCGGCGCAGGAGGAUGAGUGCAAGAGGUGGAAUCGAGAGAGGUUGAGAGCGCAGCAGGGGGAGCUGGACGCUGAGGAUGGUGGUGGCAGUGGAGAAGAUGGGAAUGUGCUGGACAAGGAUAAGCACAAGCAUACGCAGCACAAUCAGGGCGAAAGUGUCUUGGGCGAUCUGGUUCCAGAAAGUCAUACCGCCAUCUACGGUGAUCGGGUGCUGGAGCACGCGACGUCUCGGUCUCGGUCUUCCUCGAUGGACGGGCUGGACAAUGGUGACAGCGGGGAUGCGAUGCUUCGACCGUUACCAGACGACACGAUGACUCUCAAGUCCUUAUACAUCAACGGACCGCCGGACGCAAGCUCGCCCUCGUCGUCGUCGACGGUACCAAAACCAGGACGAGAGAAUCAACCCUUGCCGACGCCUUAUGCGCCAUCAAUCCCAAUCCCGCCGCCGACUUCCUCUCCCCCAUACUCGUCGUCAACUCUCACCUCCCUAAUGAUGCGCUACGAACCCCCGUCCCCUUUCUCCCGCUGGGACACACCUCUCUUCACCGUCCCUUCGUCCGACGCUUCGCCUCCGAUCCAGGAAAUCUGGAACGCAAUCUACCCCCCGCCGACAAAGCCGACCAGCAAAAAGGCGUUGAGUCAACUUCGUUCAUCUGAAAGAGCUGGAACAGCGGCGGGUAAUGGGGACAGGGAUGGGAAUGGGAACGCGGCCGUUGUAACCCCCUCAUCCGCAACACAACCCCCACCCGUGCGUGAAAAGCCGGAAGUGGUGAAACCGCACGCGGCCACGGUUCUCCCGCGCGCCACAGCCUCGGAUGCCCUGCAAACCCUUGAGUCGGCCACCAUGGACGUGGUCAAGAAUCUGCUCGCACAGGCGCGGGAACAGAAUCUCUCCGCCCACGCAGGUCAUGAUGGCGGCGACGUGCUCCUCUCCAUCCCCAUCCCUCUUUCCCUCUCAUCCCCUAGGCACCCAGCGGAACCCACCACUCCCGCCGAGUCGCCCAAGACAACAACCGUCGAACGAGCCAUCCACAUCCCUCCCGGCGUCGUCCUCUCGCAGCCCAUGCUCCAGCGCCUCCGGCGGAAAUACACGCAGAUCCAAAGAGGGGGUAUCGCGCACGGACAGGGCUACGUCAGUGGACGCAGGCAGAUCGUCGAGGGGUUCAUUGACUUUCUCGAGGCGGAGUGGAUGGAAGAAGAAUGA